UAUUGUAUUGUAUAUAUGUUUUAUAGUUGAUGUGACUCAAUCUUCCUUGGAUUUGGAGGACGCAGUGGAGGUGGAGGACCGAGUGCGCUACUCACCGUUGCCGUGUGCCAUGCGUGGCUCCAUCGUGACGUUGCUGUGCUCCUUCACACCCAUCAAACCAGUGUUUCGGGUGAAGUGGUGCGUCAAUCACCCCCUCUGUAACUGGAUCGGGCCGUCUGUGUAUGACAGCUCUGCGCCGUCAGACUGGCGCUACCAGUACCUGGGCGACUUGGAGAGAAACUGCACACUGCAGAUUCACGACAUCAGGAGGAAAGACAAUACCAUCUUCAGAUUCCGAAUGGAAUCCGAAGAUCGCGACGGACAUUUCACCGACAUCAAGGGCGUGCUCGUCACUGUCGUUGAUGGCGAUCCGAUGAGGGUGGAAAGCUCCGCCUCCGACCAAGUGAGCAAGGGCGCUGCGGUGAAGUUGAGUUGCGUCUCCAACUGUUCCUUCCACGGUCUGGAGGUGCGCUGGCAUCGAGACGGCCACGCUCUCCCGGAGUCCAGCCCCACUCUCUGGCUGACAGCGGCACAGUCGGCCAACUAUACUUGUGGCCUGGCUGCCCGCAACACCACCAUGUCGCCGCCCUUCAGGCUGAAUGUGGAGCAACACCAAACAGUCUUUCGCAUGUCGAUUUUCUUUCAAGACGGACAUUUUGCCCUGACUCUCGGCAAUUCCCUCCGCCUGCUGAUGGUGCUGCUCGGCGUCAUUCCGAUCAUCUUCAUCUUCGUGAAAUGGAGGAAGUGUCGGCCGGCGUCUCGUCACUAUGGCAAACACGCGGGACGUGACCAGAAGGGGUGUGAACCCGUGUACAUGAACGCGACGGCGUGUGCUGAAGAAAGGCGGCCCAGAAAAACAGGAAGCGGGCCUGAGCGCAAAGCAAGUCCAUAAUGGCGUCACCGUCAUGAUGCUGUGAGCCUGGCUGAUAGUGUUUAUGAGUUUUUACAGCUGCUGUCAGUGAUGGGCACACCUGUGCUGCUUUGGUGUGUCAUACAGUUGCUUAUGCUGGCUUUGAGAAAGGUGAGACUUUUCGGAGUUCCAAUUUGGAAAAGUGCACUGCAACGGGCCUUUGAAAUGGGAGUUGCGGGUUGCAAAGUCGGAAAAAAAAAAAAAAAA